AUGGAGGUGGACGCCGAAGGAGACGAAGUUGAUGGCGAAGGGGACGACGCAGAAGGCGAUGUUGACAUGACGGGGACGGCUCGGACGGCAACGACCAUUCGAGUCUCUCAAGCGUCCUCCUCUCGACUCGCCGCUAGGGCAGCGGCGUCGAAGAUGGCCGUCGACGAUGAUGAUGAUGACGACGACGAGGAUGACGACGACGACGACGACGACGACGAUGACGACGAGCUCAGCGAUCCUGGGGAAAGCGAUGGCGGCGACCAUACCAUGGGCUUUGCCGACGACACCAUGGCGGAUGACCAGGACGAGGAUGCCGAGGGGGAAGAAAUCGAAGUCGCCGCCGAAGAGGAGGAUGAGGAAGACGACGAGGUGGAAGGGGAAGGGGCAGACGAUGGAGAAGUGGAAGACGAGGGGGAGGCGGAAGAGGGGGGAGAGGGCGUCGAGAGAGAGGCAGCCAACGAAGCAGAAAGUGGCGACGCGGGCAUCAACAGCGACGAGGAUGGCAGCCAAGACGGAGAGGCUGUUGAUCGGGCCAAGAUGACGAAGCGUCAACGAGCACGGUUCGAAGACGAGCCACAAGAGUACAUGAAGCUCUCCGAUGAGGUCCAAGUCAAGAAGCACUUUACGGCCGAGGAGCUGUCGAUGCGUCGGCAGGAAAUGGCACGCCGACGACGAAACCUCAGCGAGAAGCGGACGGAAGAGGUCAAGAUGGAAACGAUCAACAAGCUGCUGAAGAAGCAGGCACCCAAGGUCAGCCGCAAGGCGGCAGCCGCCCGAGGGGAGGAAGACGACCAGAGGGCCGAUGGACUCUUCAUCCGCUGGGUGAGCACCAAAGGUGGCAGCAUGGUCGCCGUCCCCGAUGGCAUUCUUGCAGGACCCGCUGGCCAGUUGUUCGGCAAGCCGGGCAGGCCAAUGGUCGGCAAGAUGGUGGAAGAGGUUUCUUAG